UCCGUCCCCACAACACAUACCCACAUAUACACACAGCUUUGUAGAGAGAGAAACUAAUUGAAGAGAGAGUGGGGGCAUCCCUGCAGCUUUGGUCUCUGCAACACUCAGCAAACUCUCCUUUUUUAAAGUACCUCCGGUCUUCUUCUUGUCCCCCUUUUCCGGCCACAUCUUUAUAUAAAAAUAUAUACUCUCUCUCUCUCUCCUCCUUUUCCGGCAUACUCCGACCGAAAACCACCGCUCCACCGCCACAUUCACCUUUUCAACACUCACACCAAAAUCAUAUCCACUUUUCAUCAACACGGAUGAGUUUCCGGUAGUUAUUGUAACGCUACGCUACGAUAAUAAGUUAUUUGAAUCUUUCUUAACGAGUAAUGAAGGCGCCGGUGAACGGUUUAAUGACGGCGGAGCAUCCGCAGUGCGAAGGAACAGGUGGAGAGAAGAAGAGUAUAAUUAAUCCGGAGCUAUGGCAGACGUGUGCCGGACCUCUGGUGAACUUACCGGCGGCCGGAACUCACGUCGUGUACUUUCCUCAAGGUCACAGUGAACAGGUUGCGGCAUCUAUGAAAAAGGACGUUGAUUCUCAAAUUCCAAACUAUUCAAAUCUCCAGUCAAAGCUGUUAUGCAUCCUUCAUAGCGUCACGUUGCACGCGGACCCCGAAACAGAUGAAGUAUAUGCUCAGAUGACGCUCCAGCCUGUUCCUUCGUUUGACAAGGAGGCAUUAUUGAGGUCAGAUCUUUCUAUGAAAAUAAAUAAGCCGCAAACACAGUUUUUUUGCAAAACAUUGACGGCUAGUGAUACGAGCACUCAUGGAGGAUUCUCUGUACCUCGCCGUGCAGCUGAAAAAAUAUUCCCUCCUCUGGAUUUUUCAAUGCAACCACCUGUACAAGAACUUGUAGCAAGGGACUUGCAUGAUACCCAAUGGACAUUUCGUCAUAUUUAUCGCGGACAACCAAAGCGUCACUUGCUCACGACCGGUUGGAGCCUAUUUGUUAGCGGAAAAAAACUUUUCGCUGGAGACGCGGUCUUGUUCAUAAGGGAUGAAAAUCAGCAGCUGCUGUUGGGUAUAAGACGAGCUAACAGACAACCGGCGAAUUUAUCCUCAUCGGUUUUAUCAAGUGAUAGUAUGCAUAUUGGAAUAUUGGCCGCUGCUGCUCAUGCAGCUGCAAACAACAGCCCUUUCACUGUGUUCUAUAAUCCGAGGGCUAGUCCGUCGGAAUUUGUUAUUCCAUUAGCCAAGUAUUAUAAAGCUGUGUGUAGUAACCAAAUAUCGCUCGGCAUGCGGUUCCGGAUGAUGUUUGAAACCGAAGAAUCGGGGACUAGAAGGUAUAUGGGUACAGUUACGGGCAUUAGUGAUCUUGAUCCUGUUAAUUGGAAGAACUCACAAUGGCGAAACCUGCAGGUUGGGUGGGAUGAGUCGACUGGCGGGGAAAGGCGAACUCGUGUUUCAGUUUGGGAGAUUGAACCCGUUACCGCUCCCUUUUUCAUAUGUCCAACGCCUCCUUUCUACAGACCAAAGCGUCCACGACAACCAGGAAUGCUAGAUGAUGAAUCAGGGGACCUUGACAAUUUAUUCAAGAGGACAACCAUGCCCUGGUUGGGUGAAGAUAUGUCUACGAAAGAUUCCGGUUUAAGUUUGGUCCAGUGGAUGAACAUGCAGCAAAGCUCUUCACUUGCUAGCUCGGUCCAACCCGGUUGCUUGAACCCGUUAUCUGGAUCCGUUUUGCAAAACUACGGAGCAGCACAAGCACUUACUCAAAACAACUUGCAGUUCAAUAGUCAAAGGUCAACAAUGCCACUUGACCCGUUACAGAAACUGCCACAAGCCUCGAUGAUGCAGCCUCAUCAACAGUUGACCGAUCCAAGUCAACAACUGAAUCGACAAAAUGUCAUCGGUCAAGCGCUGCCGCAAAACCAAAUUCAGUCGCAGUUUCAUUCUCAGAAUUUACUUCAACCGUCAUCGAUGCAGAGCCAUAAUGCAUACAGAAGCCUUCAACAACAGCAGCAGGUGGCAGCCGUGAGUCAAAGUCAAAGUCAAAGUCAACAGAACAGCUUGUUGCCGCCACAAUAUUCGGAUCAACAAAUUAGUCAAAUUCCUAUUCAACUUUUACAAAAGUUUCAUCAGCAGCAACAAUCGCUAUUGGGUCAGCAAUCCGCGCCACAACAAGAUCACGAAAAGCCAUCGGUGGAUGUUGGUCAAAGUCAAAGUUUUUCGAAGUCAUUAUCCACAAGUCAAACAAUCGACACGCCAGCUGAAACAAACACACCAUUGUCUCAACAAAUGUCAAGAAGCAACAGCCAUGCAAAUCUUCGGUUUUCACAUCUUUCUACACAACAAAAGAUUCAUCCAACCAAUCAGAUGUGGACCGCAGGUGGCGGUCAAUCUGGGAUCACCGAUGAUGUCCCGUCAUGCUCCACGUCACCUUCAACUAAUAACUGCCCAACAACCAUGGUUUCAUCGAUGAUUAAUGGUAGAUCUUACGCUAAUGCAACCAUCGGUGGUGAAGAGAUCAUGAUGAAUACCGGUAUAGAAAGUCAACGUGUAUCGGAAAAUGUCAACACCUCAAAAAGUCAACAUCAAGGAUUUUUGUCCCCACUUACAUACUUGAACAACAAUAUUAACGCCCCCCAGAUGGACUUCUUGGACAGUUCGUCUUCCGCCACUUCGGUUAGCAUUCCUCGAAGCGAUCAUCAUUUGCAAUCAGAUGAUCCCAGAACAGAAAUUCCGACAGGGGUAAACAUUGAUAAUAAUAAUAAUAAUAAUUUUGGAAUGCCAUCAAUGAUACUUGACCCGUUGACCACAAAAGGGUCAACUGGAGGCAUGAUGUCUCAGACUCAGUCAUUUGGCGUUCCAGAUAUGGAUUUUAGUCCCAUUGACUCCACGUUGAACGAUAGUAACUUGUUGGAUAGUGAUGUAUGGGCCGCACCGCCACAACAGUUUCAACGAAAGCGGACAUAUACCAAGGUUUAUAAGCGUGGAGCUGUGGGAAGAUCAAUUGAUAUCUCGGCUUAUUCGGGCUACGAGGAGCUUAAACAAGACCUGGCUCGACGGUUCGGGAUAGAGGGUCAACUGGAGGAUAGGCAACGAGUUGGAUGGAAACUUGUCUAUGUAGAUCAUGAAAGUGAUGUUCUCCUAGUUGGCGACGACCCAUGGGAGGAGUUUGUGAGUUGCGUACGGUGCAUAAAAAUCUUGUCACCUCAAGAAGUACAACAGAUGAGUCUGGAUGGAGAUUUUGGCGGGAACAAUCUUGUUCAAAAUCCAACUUGUAGUAGUUCAGAUGUCUAAAAAGACAGAAGUUGUAACAUUCAUUGAUGAUAGGAAGUUUGUUCUAUAUGCUCUUACAUAGUCAUCAUAGAAACUAAGGGCUGAAAUUUACAAAUAUUUUGAGAUUUUAGGGAAAAUGGUUGGGGGGUUAUUUCUUGCUAGUUUGAUAACAUUAAAUGUUAGUAUUGUGUCAAGAUGAUGAUGAUGAAAUUGUGUAGCAUUGAGUGUGUAUUAGAAAUGCUCAUUGCUUUUCAUGUAUUCUUCUUCUUAUCCGCUCCCCCAAGGGUGUAUGAGAACGACUUUUUAACUUACGAGAGCUCAAGCCUCAAGCUGUAUUUUUUU